AUGUGGCCUGAACCUAUCGACGCUAGGCCUAACCGGAUCAAUGCCUUGAUACACAGUCCCCAGGAUUCACCUCCAAAUUAUCGUACCGACCAUGACACCAUAUGCGAGGAGAUGGAAAGGCUUCAGCCAGUUUGUGACGAAACACAGUCGACGGUUAUAUCUGUUUAUUUAACAAAAAAGCAGAUAGUUCAAGAUGCUGAAAGACAAGCAGAGGCCCUCCGAAUAGACCGACUCAUUGCAGAGGAGAAGGCUCGUGGAACAGCGGAGCUGCUGGAGGAUGUCACCCGUGGAGCAAAAGCCGCCAGAAAAGAGAACCACGUCCUUAAAACACAAAUAGCAAAAUUACAGUCAGGGAUCGAAACAUUCACCAAUGAGCAGCCCAAGCAAGAGAUGUGCUUGCUCUAUAAUGACCUCAAGCAAUGGAGCUUCAGUCAUUUUCGGAUAGCAUCAGCACUUGGAGAAAGAGAUGAUACUGUCGAACCCAAGGAGAGAUACGAGGCUUUGAGUCAGGAUGUUCUUCAAUCAGAGAUUGCGGGCCUGAUUUAUCGAUCAUUUUGGACAACAUUCAGUGUGAACUAUGGGGCUUAUCGGGACGAGCAUUUCCGCAAGCUCGACGGCGAAGUUACAACAAGUUUUAUUAGGUCCCAUUCACGGAGGACACCACUGGAGAUGUGCACUGAGUAA